AUGUCUGGUUUAGAUUUAAGUAAUUCAAAUCCAAACCCUUACUUUCAACAUCAAUUACUCAACCGGCCGGAUUUUCUACCGGCGCCGCCCAUUAAUCAUGAAGACGAAGACAACAACAUCACCGGUUCAGUUUCCCGUCGACCAAGAGGAAGACCGCCCGGUUCAAAGAACAAAGAAAAACCGCCGAUAAUCAUUACUAGAGAGAGUGCAAAUACUCUUAGGGCUCAUAUACUUGAGAUCGGCGAUGGUCGCGAUAUCUUUGACUGCGUUGCGUCCUAUGCUCGCCGCCGCCAACGUGGGAUCUGCGUUCUUAGUGGUAGCGGUUUGGUUACUAACGUUAAACUUAGACAACCGGCUAACGCCGGAGGACAAGGUGGUUCUGUUGUUGCUAUUCAUGGUAGGUUUGAGAUUUUGUCGAUUUCCGGCUCGUUUCUUCCACCGCCGGCACCGCCUGGAGCUACUAAUCUCGCCGUCUAUCUGGCGGCGGGCCAAGGCCAGGUAGUUGGAGGGAAUGUGGUAGGGGAACUAACGGCUGUUGGACCGGUUAUAUUGAUCACGUCGUCGUUUACAAACGUGGCAUACGAGAGGUUACCACUCGAUGAAGAACAGGAGGCGGUGGCAGCAGCAGCGGUUUCGGGUGGAGGAGGAUCAGCGGGAAACAACAGUGGGGUGGUGUUUCCGGCCGACCCAUCCUCGGGGCUUCCUUUCUUCAAUUUACCAAUGAACAACAUGACUUCUAAUGGUCAGAUGCCGGCUGUUGAUGUCGAAUCCAAUUGGGCUGGAAAUUCCUCAACCCGUGCUCCGUUCUAAGUAAAGAAACUCAUCUAAUUUCGACGAAAAAUUAAUUGUAUGUCUUGCGUUAUUAUCCUUUACGGGUAAGUUUCCAAUUAAAUUUGAUCUUUUUGG